UUAAGAUUCCAAAAUGUUUGGAAGAUUCCCACAAUAUUGGAAUAACAUCAUAUUCAAAAACAAAAUUCCCGACAGUUUUAGACUCUCUAUUGACUUCUUCUUCUUCUUCUUCUCCAAUGGCCAAAGAUCAACUUUCUGAAAGCAGCCGACCUACCAACAAUGGCUUCCCAACUGUUCAAUUAAUUCUCUCGCUCUCUCUCUCAUUCAUGAAUUCACAAAUUCAUUAUUCGCCGUCUUCUUUACCAGCCCUUUUCGGCGUUCUCCAACCUUUUUCUUCAUCUUUUUCAUGGACACUUCUUCACCACUCUUCAAAACCCAAUCAAUUUCUUCUCCUCCUCUUCGCGUUUCAUCGAAGGCCCGAUUGAUCUUGUUGCAGUAUCCAUUGUCGCGCUCUCUCCGUCGCCAAGAAAUAGUUAUGGAUUUUGUUUGAAAUUUACUGUAUAGAUAGCCAUCUUCUAUAAGAUGUCGACAACCGGAGCCUAUUAUCUUCCGAUGUGCACACUGAGAAACAGCAAGCUCUCUUCUGCUAAACUUAGAAAUGUCUACAAUGUCUCCUCUUUGAAACACUUUCAGCUGAAUUCCAUCACUUUAUCUUCUACACGAACUGGGAAGCUUGCAACUAUUGCUAUCUCUGGAUCUAAUGAACACCAACCCGUCUCUGGGUUGCCGAUUGAUUUGAAAGGUAAGCGGGCAUUCAUUGCUGGUGUAGCUGAUGACAAUGGUUAUCGUUGGGCAAUAGCAAAAUCUCUUGCUGCUGCCGGAGCUGAAAUUAUUGUUGGUACGUGGGUGCGUGCUUUAAACAUCUUCGAAACCAACUUGCAACGUGGAAAGUUCGAUAAAUCUCGAUCAUUGCGAGAUGGAUCGUUAAUGGAGUUCGCGAAAAUAUAUCCCCUGGAUGUAGAUUUUGACAAUCUUGAGGAUGUUCCAGAAAAUAUAAAAACAAAGAAGCAGUAUGCAGUUUGCAAAAAUUGGACAGUUCAGGAAGUAGCAGAAUCAGUUAAGAAGGAUUUUGGAACCAUUGACAUCCUUGUGCAUUCACUUGCAAAUGGACCGGAGGGAAGUAAACCUCUCUUAGAGACCUCCAGGAAAGGUUACCUAGCUGCUUUCUCUGCAUCAAGCUACUCUUACAUCUCUCUUCUCAAGCAUUUCGCUCCAAUAAUGAAUCCAGGCGGUUCGUCGAUCUCUCUGACAUACAUUGCUUCCAAAAGGAUCAUUCCUGGAUAUGGGGGAGGUAUGAGUUCAGCAAAAGCUGCACUGGAGAGUGACUUACGAGUGCUUGCUUUCGAGGUGGGUAGAAAAAACAAGGUCAGAGUGAACGCCAUAUCCGCUGGUCCUCUAAGAAGCCGGGCAUCGAAAGCAACUGAAUACAUCGAUUCGAUGAUAGACUACUCACUAGCAAAUGCACCUCUGCAGAAACCAUUAUCUGCAGAGGAGGUGGGGAAUGCAGCUGCCUUCUUGGCAUCUCCUUUAGCGUCUGCCAUAACUGGUUCUGUUAUCUGUGUCGACAAUGGUUUGAACACCAUGGGAGUUGGAGUCGAUAGCCCGACACUCAAAGGACUGUAUCUUCUAAACCCCAACUGACGACCACCAGAAAAACUGCUGACCGUCAAAACGAAAACGUUCCAGCUGGGGGCCAAGUCUAUGCUCAUUUCUUGUUGUUGCUCCAUAAUUUCUAAGAACUUCAUUUCAUUUACUCUCGAAGAUGGUUCAAACUUCAAAGUGAUAAUAAAUGGGGCAAACAUGCUUAUAAUUA